CGUCGCGACACGACACGCCCCUCACUCGCUACUCGGAACAGACAAGGCCGUGAAGCUGCCAGGACACUCGCCGCGACCCCUUCACAGCCUCCAUCGCGUCCUGGGCACUUCCACGCGGCUGCAGCUGCCAUACCCCGCCAUCAUGGCCGUCUCCAUGAUAGACAUCCAGCGAGAGCUCAUUCUCACCACCAUCCGCUCCACCACGCGCGGCGAUUGGAAGGUCCUCAUCGUCGACGAAGACAGCAAGAAGCUCCUAGACAACGUCGUCAAGGAAGAUGACAUCCUCAACUCCAACAUCACCAACAUCGAGCGCCUCGAGGACCGGCGCGAGACGCAGCAGGACAUGGACGCCAUCUACAUCCUCACCCCGAAGCCACACAUUGUCGACUGCAUCAUGGCCGACUUUGAGCGCCGGAGAUACAGGGGCAUGUUCCUGAUAUGGACUACCUUGCUCCCACCGCCGCUCAAGGAGCGCAUCGAUCGCUCGCAGAUGGCUCGAGAGCAGAUCAGGAACUUCAGGACGGUCCACCUCGACUACCACCCUCAAGAGUCGCACCUCAUCACCUUCAAGGACCCCUGGAGCUUCCCCAUUCUCUUCCACCCAGAGUGCAACAACGUCGUAGUCCGUCACAUGGAGGAGCUUGCCGAGAAGAUCACUGGAGUCUGUGUCGCGCUCGGUGAAUACCCCAUUGUUCGGUACUACCGACCGCGGGCCCCGACCCACGAGGCCAGCGUCCUCUGUUCACACCUCGCGCGCUUCGUCCAAGACAAGCUGGACAUGUACGUCCAGUACAACCAAGACUUCCCACCGCAAUCGCAGCGGCCUCGUGGCGCUCUGUACAUCACCGAUCGAACCAUGGAUCUCAUGGCUCCCUUUUUGCAUGAAUUCACAUACCAGGCAAUGGCGCUCGAUUUGCUGCAGAUCAACGAAGGCGACAAGAUCACCUACAAAGCCAUUGUCAACGACGACGGUCCCGACGCAGAAGAGAAGGAGAUGGAGCUGACCGACAAGGACAAGCUGUGGGUGGAGAACCGCCAUCGCCAUAUGAAAGAUACUCUCGACACGGUCAUUGGUAACUUCCAAAAGUUCAUCGCCGAAAACUCCCAGUUCACCAAGCAGGACGCGCAGGCCGCGGCUGGCAUGAAUGGACUGAAUGCAAUCAAAGACAUGAUGGCCGGACUCCCGCAAUUCCAAGAAAUGAAGGAGGCCUACUCUUUGCACCUUGACAUGGCGCAGAAGUGCAUGGACAUAUUCCAGAAACACAAGCUGAUGGAUCUGGCAUCGAUAGAACAGUGUCUGGCCACUGGGCUGGAUGAAGAAUACCGCAAACCAAAGAACAUGGACGACCAGAUUGUGCGGACUCUGGACGAGGACGCAGUGACACCCGCUGACCGACUGCGUCUUCUUGCCCUUUACGUUUUGUUCAAGGGAGGCAUCUUGCCGGCUGAUCUUCAGAAGCUAUUGUUCCACGCACAGCUUCCCCCCGGCGACGCCAGUAUCAUCCGCAAUCUUGACCUUCUCGGCGCGCGAAUUGCCAGACAGUUUAAAGAAAAACGAGAACCACCUCCCCUUCUGUUCCCUCAAAAACCUCCACCGCUCGAAGCAGAAGAAUACGGUCUCUCCCGAUUCAACCCGACAUUGCAAGACAUGCUAGAACAACACGUCCAAGGCACACUAGCACAGGACAUCUUCCCCUUCACCAAGAUGUCGCCCGACGACCCUAACAUGGCGCAAGACAACACCCCCGCCGCAGCAUCUCUCCGCUCCGCAAAACCAAAAUGGGCGAAGUCGCGCCUCACAAGCGUGGAGCCCCGGCAGCGCGUCAUCGUCUUCAUGGCCGGCGGCGCAACAUACUCCGAGUCGCGUGUCUGCUACGACGUCACCAACAAGACAUCUAGGGAUGUCUUCCUCGUCACAUCCCACAUGAUGAAGCCAUCGCUUUUCCUCCGUCAAGUCGGCGACCUGAGCCAGCAGCGCCGCGCUCUCCGUCUGCCUAUGGACAUGCCACCUCCCAAAGCCCCAGCCCAUCUUUUCGAAAAACCAGAACCGCCCAAACCUGUGGCUCCUCCUGUCCUUACGAGACCAGCGGCUCCAGUAAGCACGCCGUCAGCACCGCGGCCAGGUGGACCAGCUCCCCCGACAGCGGCUAUGGGGGCGAUCAACCUGAACGCAGGCAAGGCACCCGCUCCAACACCCAGUCCGGCGCCGGCGUCGAGUGGGGGGAAGUAUGGCAAGGAGGAGGAAAAGAAGAAGAAAAAGCACCAUUUCUUUUCGUCGAAGCGUUAGUGACGCGGUUGGCUAUUUAGUGUGUGUGCGUGUGCGUGCAUGGCGAGCGGGUAUCUUGAGGUUUUGGCAUUGCGGUGGCGUUGAGCGCUGAAUUGGGUUUGUUUGAUAUGGCUGUACUUGGGUACUAGUUUUUGGUCUCUUGCGAUAUGGCAUGGGAGUGGGUAGAUGGAUGGCGCUGUAUUUAUCGCUUGUGUGUAUAUACACUUUCGAGAUCUUCGCUUUUCAUUCUUCGCUUUUAUGUUG